CCCACACACUACGGAACUGAGUCAACGCAUUUUUCAGAUUCAAGAAGGGUAGGGCGCAGGGCGGCUGGCCCCGCAAGAACAGAGCGACACAAGUCCACUACUUCCUUGAGCUGAACGAUCAGCUGUUACAAUUAAUUGAUGUCUUCAGAUGAGAUUUAAUAUUUUGAUGUGCAUUUAGUUGGUUUGACGCUAAUUCGCCGUUGGUCGUCCAAAAAUUACAACCCGACAAAAUGUCAGAGCCUUCGGUGGCCGACACUCGCCGGUUGAAUUCUAAGCCCCAGGACCUGACGGAUGCUUACGGUCCCCCCAGCAAUUUUCUGGAAAUAGACGUUUAUGAUCCACAAACCGUUGGAGUUGGACGGAACCGUUACACAACUUACGAAGUUCGCAUGCGGACAAACCUUCCCAUUUUUAAACUGAAGGACUCAUGUGUGAGGAGAAGAUACAGGGACUUUGAGUGGUUAAAGAAUGAGCUGGAAAGAGACAGUAAGAUUGUAGUACCAUCUCUGCCGGGCAAAGCCCUAAAGAGACAGUUGCCAUUCCGUGGAGAUGAUGGCCUUUUUGAGGACUCGUUCAUUGAGGAGCGGCGAUUGGGCCUGGAGCAGUUCAUCAACAGGUAAGACAAUUCAGUUUGUGUUUUAAAUAUAAAGCAUGUUUUCUAUCCACAAGAUGUGGAUACUUAACUUAUACAUACUAUAUACUUAUACAUAAUAUAACUUAAUCUACAUCGAAGUGUCUACGAGUGUCAAUUACCUGAUCCAUUGCAUUUCACCAGCCUUUAUUAAAGUAUUUCAAAUACGUCUGUUGGGGUGUCCAUUAGCUCAGUUGGUAGAGCAUCUGCCCCAUGUUCGAAUCCGACUUGCAGGCCUUUGCUGCAUGUUGUUCCCUAUCUCUCUCCCCACGUUCC